UGCAGCCUUCUAUCUGCAAAAACACAGACGCAAUCAUCAUGCACCAGGCAGCAGGUUCCACAGAACUAAGUGACACUUGUAUAAAACACAGGAGGGGCCGCGAGCGCACACACACUGACAGCUGGUACUGAAAAGAGAGGAAGAUGGUGGAGCUGCAUAGAAGGGCAUGAUCAAAGGUUUAUUUGCUGCAAUAGUUCUUCUGAUGAACAGCAUAUUAUUGCCAUGAGACAUCCCGGAAAAGAGAUUGCGUCAUCCGUGCUUAAGCUCCGAAAUUAGAUCGGUCCGGCGGGUCUGGGUUAAGGAGCAGAAUGUGUUGGUUUAGUCUGAUCUUAUUACUACGCACCCAAUCCAUAUCCAGUGUGAUGAGAGUGAUCCUCACAGCCAGACACUGUACAGCUUCUGGAGUUGGAGCAUUCAACCAUUUAGCACAAUAAUAAAUGUUCUUGAAAGCCUGUGCCUUGUGCUGUAUGUCUCGUGGUGGAGCAGAGGGAAUGCCUUCAGUGUAGAGCAUACCACACUCCUGAACCAGCUAUGAACCACGAGGAAGAGGCAGAGCUGGAGGAGGAGCCCAGCAGCAUCAGGGGGGAGGCCGCGGAGGCUGACCUGGAGCAGCCCAGUGUAGAGGAGGAGCAGCACGCCGCCACCAUCCCUGUGACUAUCCCUGCAGCCCAGUGCCGCAGGCAGGACAUUACAGCGGCGAGGGAGAGCAGUCGGGGGCGAGCACACCAACAGCAGCAGAACAACAACAACGAGGAGGCUGGGCUACAACAACAGCCACCACCUGCAGCCCGGUACCGCAGGUUUGACACCUCAGGAAGGGGGACCCGUGUUCGAGGGCAGCGAAAGCCACAGGAGGACACAGAGGUGGAGCAGCAACAGCCGCUGCAGAGACCGGCAGCAACCCGGUACCGUAGACAGGCUGACGGGGAGGCUCGGAUUAGAGCUCAACAGCAGAGGCAGAGGCGGCAACAGCAGCAGAGAGAGGCUGACACGGUGGAAGUAGAACAGAAGCAAUCUCCACAACCCCCCCCACCACCACCUCCUCCACCACCACCUCCACAGCAACCAGAGGCAGAAGAUGAGCAGAUGGAGGAGGAAGAAGGGGGGUUGGGGCUUGCAAGGUCAGCCAGCACCGAGAGCGGCUUCCACAACCACACAGACAGAGCCGAGGGAGACAUGGGGAUGACCUCAGAAGCGGAGGCAGAGACAGCACUGGGAGAGGAGGCGGUGGAGGAUGAAAAUGCCUAUGCAAUGCACUACCGUCCUGAGGCGGAGGAGUACACAGAGAGUGCCGAGGCGGAGCAGCACGGGGGACCCUACCAGCCCCAGCCUCAGCCACCACCCCCUCUGAACCGACUCCCACACUUUCACCCUCUCGAACAAAAUGAGGAGGCCAUGAAUGCAGCCUACUCGGCUUACGUCUACACUCAGCGGCUGUUCCAUGGCAAUGAAGGGGAGCAGGGUGAUGGAGGGGGUAGUGGUGUUGGGGAGGGAGAGGAGCCCUACUCAGAACCCUAUGCUGACUAUGGUCUGCAGUUGCAUGUUUAUGAGGAAAUUGGGGACACCCCACCAGAGGGGGAUGAUCCCCAACAUCGGGGAAGCGGCUUCCGUCUCUUUGAGCGCGAGAGCUAUCGGCAGGAGGUGCUGGGCGCCCGGCUGCACCACUAUGACGAGCGUUCUGACGGAGAGUCAGAUAGUCCUGAGAAGGAAGCAGAGUUCGCACCCUACCCCCGCAUGGACAGCUACGACCAGGAUGAGGACAUUGACCAAAUUGUGGCUGAGGUCAAGCACAGCAUGAGCUCUCAGAGUCUGGACCGAGCUGCUGAGGACAGGCCCGAGUCUGAGCAGAACUCGCAAGAGCACGAGGGCAAGCCAGCAGGGGAGGAGGAGGAGGAUGAGGAGGAGGGCAGUCCCCCAAGGCACUCAGCCACCAGCCCUAAUGGGGAUCAGCCCAUACAGAGGCACAGCAAGGAGAAACGAGACGCCAUCUCUCUGGCUAUCAAGGACAUUAAGGAAGCUAUCGAAGAGGUUAAAACAAGGACCAUUCGCUCUCCCUACACGCCAGAUGAGCCAAAGGAACCCAUCUGGGUAAUGAGACAAGACAUCAGUCCAACCAGAGAUUGUGACAACCAAAGGCCACUAGGUGGAGAGUCUCCAGGCUCAGGUUCUACAUCCCCGCAAGGGGCAGAAUCCUCUAUUAGACAACAUCUCCACGAUGGCAGUGACAACUCAGACUCUCCUCUUAAUAAAGAGUCAAGGAAAAGCUUGGCUUCAUUCCCAACUUAUGUUGAAGUUCCUGGACCCUGUGACCCUGAAGACCUUAUUGAUGGCAUCAUCUUUGCAGCCAAUUACCUUGGUUCCACCCAGCUGCUCUCAGACAAGACACCCUCCAAGAACGUGCGGAUGAUGCAGGCCCAGGAAGCUGUCAGCAGAAUUAAGAUGGCCCAGAAAUUAGCCAAAAGCAAGAAGUCUCCCGAAGGAGAGUCCCAGCCCAUGACAGAGGUGGAUCUUUUCAUUUCCACUCAGAGAAUCAAAGUGCUCAAUGCUGACUCACAGGAAACUAUGAUGGACCACCCCCUGAGAACUAUUUCCUACAUCGCUGACAUUGGGAACAUUGUAGUGCUGAUGGCCCGCCGGAAAAUGCCCCGCCCCAACUCCCAGGAAGACGUGGAGUCCUCGACCCCCUCACAGGAUGAGAAGAAGCAGUAUAAAAUGAUCUGCCACGUCUUCGAGUCAGAGGAUGCCCAGCUGAUUGCUCAGUCCAUUGGGCAGGCGUUUAGCGUAGCGUACCAGGAGUUCCUUCGAGCCAAUGGGAUUAAUCCAGAGGACCUGAGCCAAAAGGAGUACAGCGACCUGCUCAACACCCAAGACAUGUACAACGAUGACCUCAUCCACUUCUCCAAGUCUGAGAACUGCAAAGACGUUUACAUUGAGAAGCAGAAGGGUGAGAUUCUGGGGGUGGUGAUUGUGGAGUCUGGCUGGGGCUCCAUCCUGCCCACUGUCAUUAUAGCCAACAUGAUGCACAGCGGUCCUGCAGAGAAGUCUGGGAGACUCAACAUCGGGGACCAGAUCAUGUCCAUCAAUGGAACCAGCCUGGUGGGACUGCCACUCUCAACUUGUCAGACCAUCAUAAAGGGAUUAAAAAAUCAGUCCAGAAUAAAGCUGAAUAUUGUGAGAUGUCCCCCAGUAACAACAGUUCUAAUCAGAAGACCUGACCUGAGAUACCAGCUGGGGUUCAGUGUACAGAAUGGAAUUAUCUGUAGCCUUAUGAGGGGUGGAAUAGCAGAGCGUGGUGGUGUUCGAGUUGGUCACCGGAUCAUUGAAAUCAAUGGACAGAGUGUUGUGGCAACACCACACGAGAAGAUUGUGCACAUUCUGUCAAACGCUGUUGGAGAGAUCCACAUGAAGACAAUGCCAGCUGCCAUGUACAGACUGCUGACUGCCCAGGAACAGCCAGUUUACAUCUGAGGCUGACAAGCCCGGAGUCUUCACAUGCAUGGAGGGCUUGUUAUUGCAGUUGUGGUCGUGUUUAUAGUGCUGCAUUUCUGUGUCCACUGAAACAUUUCCCAAUGUGUUUGUGUGUGUCAUUUUGAGAAACAUUUCCCACUGUGUUUGUUUGUGUCAUUUUGUGAAACUUAGGCAUCUUUUUUCACCAUCGCGUCUUUAUGUGAUCCCAUACAGUGGGCUGAAACAUUUAUUGCGUGUUGAUUUUCAGCUAGUCAACCACUUGCACUUCUCCCAGAUCGAUAACCAGCUUCUUCUUGGCUGUGUUAACAAAGAAUUCAUGUUUACAAGGAUUUACAAUUCUAGAAAGGCAGUACUUUCACCCAUCUACAGUUUCAGGAAUAAGGGAGGUUUUUACAUUUAAUAGUUUUGUAAAUUAAUUUGAAGAUCAUUUAAUAGUUUUCUGUUUACAUUUUUAAAAGGCAGCUGUGACUAGAGGUCCAAAUGUGUUAUUUACAGAACUAGAUCAUGGAUUAUUUGCUUAUUUACAAUAACAACACACCUGUUUAUUGAAAAAAGGUGUCCUUUUAGAUUUCUGUUUGUGCAGAUAAUGUUAAAGGUUAGAAAGCAAAGUUAAACCACGUUUCUGCACUACUACUGUUGCUUGGCAUGAUUAUCUAGCUUCAAAUAAUAUUUUGCCCAAAGGGGCAUUAUUUCAGAACAAUGUACUGCUUUGCAAUGCAUCAUAAAGUAUGUCACAGGCUGGUAAAAGUACAGUGGUUAAUUUUACUCUCAAUUUAUUUUGAAGGCUUGUUACAUUAUGACAAAGUGCUUAGUCUCAAGUACCAGUAUGUCUUAAAUGAGAGUCAUUGUUUUCAAGCAGACACUGUUUCUCUGUUUUACUGCUGUUCUGUUGGCCAUCAUUUUCAGCUAUUACUGUAAUCUGAAAAAAACCUCCUGAUUUUUACAUUCAUUAAAACAUCAUUAACUACUAUCUGCUGAUUCAAUGAAGCAUACAAAAGACAAUUAAAGGUUUUAAUUGGGAAGCACUCAUGUAGUGUUCAUUAUGAAACAAUCCUUGAGGCUAGUCUCAACUGGAUUCCGAUCCUUCAAGAGAAAGCCAGACGAGCAUUUUAUUUUAUUUUAUUUUUUUUUUUUAAAGUUGCUGGCACCAAGUGGUACAAAACAGUAAACAGAAUAAUCCACUGGGAAACAGUAUUUUGCCUCAUAAUUAUCCUCAUGUUUUUGUCCUAGUUUUACAAAGGAUUCCUGAACGAUGAUGCCAUUGUCAGCAGAUACUGUUUCACAAUAUAAAUAUGAAAUGCAAGCUUAUGUAUUGCUUACAUACUGUAGAAAUCUGAAUUGUAUCGUAAGUAGUGAACUAAACAAGGCAAAUACAAAAAUAUAUAUUUCUUUGGAUGUUUUCAUCUUAAAACAUAUUUUAAAAAGAGCAAAUCCAGGUAAUAAUCUGCAAAUUAGUUCAGAUUUUAAGCAAGCUUUUUUGAAAAAAGACAAAAAACAAGGUAAUUUAAUGCAAGAAUCACGGUUUUCUUUAAAAGGACAUGUAUGUAGUGCAUGCAUUAAAUCAUGUCAACAUUCCUAUACUUGGAAAAAAAAAAAAAAUUGAUGUCAAAUUGAAUACCUUUAAACAGAAGGAAUAGACAAUGGGCCAAAAUAUAGAGAGCUUGUUAAUACUUUUGUGCUUUACUGUCCCAACUGACUUCUUUCCCUUGGUCACUCACAAGAACCCCACUGUUAUCUGUGAUGAUUGUGUAUUUGUAUACAUCAACGCACUACGUAUCCGGCAGGGAUGUGAAGUGUUAAAGUGUUAAAAAGUGCUUGCCAUUAUUGUUUACUUAAUUUAGCAUGGGGUUGGCAAGCUGCUGCAUUUAGCACCAAAUUGUCUGACAACAUAGAUUCUCCCGGUUAAGCAAUUAUGUAUAAUAUUGUAAUUGACCAUUUUUAAAUCUUUAUUGAUUUUACAAUACAUUGGCCUUAAUUUUUUCUUCUAAUUUUUAAAACACAAAAGUAUAUGGGCUGAGUUUGGCAUUAUAGGAACUAAUCAAUAUGCUCAUAAUUUGUGCAUAGUUUAAGAAACUGCAGUGAGAAAAUUCUUCUGCCUUAAUGUGUAAUCUCACUUUCUGAUUUAGCUUACAUGAAUCAGUUUAAAUUAUUAAAGCCAGACUUUUCAUUUAUCAAAGAUCAUUUCAAAUUCUGAUGUGUUUUGAUUUUUAAUGUUUCUAAUAACUGAAGAUGAUUUUGUGAAAUUAAAGAAUAUAUUUAGCACAGUGCUAGAUUAUGAAGUAUACCAUUGUUCUAUAAAGGGGUGCAAUAGAAACCCUUGUAAAGCAUUGGGAGAGUAGAGUAUUGUAAUGUAACAAAGUUGUCCUUUGUAAAACACUUGAGUCAGUGAUGGUUUGUCAGUUUGGCAACUCUAGUGUUAAUAAUGCACUUCUUUUGAAUGUAGUUACUCUUAACUUUGUUUGUCAACAUGUCUAAAAACACUAUGUAAAGCAACAGCAAUGUUUAUUUAUUUGCUUGCUUUUCUGUGAUGUUACAAUUAUUGAGCUACAUUCCUUUACCAGAGGAAGGAUGUUUGUAACAUUAUUUACAACAAUAAAAGACUUGCAGAAGCA